AUGGCCGACCAAAAGGACGCCUUCCAGGCUCUAUCAAGUGAUAAUCGAGGCAGUAUUAUCACAGUGGUCUCCGUGCCCCUUCUGAUUGUGACCAUAAUUUUUGUGCUCGCCAAGCUUAGUUCGGUGAUCUAUUUCAAGCAGCGACGGACAACUGCCAAUACUCCCAUCUGGGUCGCUGUGAUUCUUGCAAUUAUUCAAGUCAUUGUCUUACAGAAGGCUGUGGAUCAUGGACUGGGAAAGCACCGGGACCGGCUGAGCGAAGGCGAUGUUCAAGCCUGGAGCAAAUUAGCCUUUGCUGCUCACCUUCUGCUCAUCCUUAUCUUGUCGCUUUCGAAAAUCUCGACCAUUCUGCUGAUCUGGAAGUUGACGCCGAAUCAAAACCUCCGUCGCGGCUGUGUUGUCGCCGGUGGUAUAGUUGUCGGCUGGUCGAUAUUCGCAAUUUUCAGUACAGCUUUCCAAUGUGAAUUGCCCGAUGUGUGGCUAUACUCUCCUGAGCGAUGUGUUGGAAAGGGAGCCCUACUUUACCCCAUCGCAGUCAUCAACAUCCUCACAGAGAUUAUCAUCGUCGUCCUGCCAUUUGUUAUGAUGCAACAUGUCCAGAUGGCCCAGGACAAGCGCGUGAAGAUCCUGUGCUCCUUCUCUUUGCGCAUAAUUAUCGUCGCCCUCGGGAUCGCCCACCUAGCCCUCCUACCUUCAUUCGUCAAAUCAACCGAUGUCUCCUGGGAUAUCGCCAUUUGGGAAAUAAUCGGCCAGACAAUGAUGCUCACAACCAUCAUAGUCGCCUGCGUCCCGACCCUCUACCACAUUUUCGCCGGCCUACACUCUGGCCUGACGACAGCCCAGAUCCCCGACGGACUCGAGCUCCCGCAGACCAAGGCCAGCGGGUAUAUCAACCAAUCCUCCUCGGCAGCAAGCCAGUCGCAUUCGCGGUCGCAGUCGCGUGGACGCCAGAAGAAGAAUGGACGGUCAAUGUUUGAUGGAUGGGGAGGCCAGAUCGGGGUUGUCACUGAGGUUUCAUCGGGGGAUCCAAAUCAGAAUAAUGAGGGCAGACAGUCUAGUUCGAGUGAGGGGGCUGAGAGUACGCGACAUUUGACGCAGGAUCUCCAAGGGAAGGGAGGCGUGCUAAGGACGGUGGAUGUUACAGUAGAGGUUGAGAAGCACUAUCAUGAGAACCGGCUAUAA